CGCCGCCUCCAGGGCCCUGCGCGGGAGCUGGUUGGCUCCCCGGGCUCCCCACCCCCGGCCGCCCUUGCACCCACCGGAGCCUGGGCUCUGUCGAGGAGCGGGGCAUGGCAUCGAACAGCAUCUUCGACUCCUUCCCGACCUACUCGCCGACCUUCAUCCGCGACCCGAGCACCAGCCGCCGCUUCACACCUCCCUCCACGGCCUUCCCCUGCGGCGGCGGCGGCAAGAUGGGCGAGAACAGCGGCGCGCUGAGCGCGCAGGCGGCCGUGGGGCCCGGCGGGCGCGCCCGACCCGAGGUGCGCUCGAUGGUGGACGUGCUGGCGGACCACCCGGGCGAGCUCGUGCGCACCGACAGCCCCAACUUCCUCUGCUCCGUGCUGCCCUCGCACUGGCGCUGCAACAAGACGCUGCCCGUCGCCUUCAAGGUGGUGGCACUGGGGGAUGUACCGGAUGGCACGGUAGUGACCGUGAUGGCAGGCAAUGAUGAGAACUACUCUGCGGAGCUACGCAACGCCUCGGCCGUCAUGAAGAACCAGGUGGCCAGGUUCAACGACCUUCGCUUCGUGGGACGCAGUGGGCGAGGGAAGAGUUUCACUCUGACUAUCACUGUGUUCACCAACCCCACCCAAGUGGCCACCUACCACCGAGCCAUCAAGGUGACCGUGGACGGACCCCGGGAGCCCAGACGGCAUCGGCAGAAGCUGGAGGACCAGACCAAGGCAUUCCCUGACCGCUUUGGGGACCUGGAACGGCUGCGCAUGCGGGUGACACCGAGCACGCCCAGCCCCCGAGGCUCACUCAGCACCACAAGCCACUUCAGCAGCCAGCCCCAGACCCCCAUCCAAGGCACCUCGGAACUGAACCCAUUCUCGGACCCCCGCCAGUUUGACCGCUCCUUCCCGACGCUGCCAGCCCUCACGGAGAGCCGCUUCCCGGACCCCAGGAUGCACUACCCCGGGGCCAUGUCGGCUGCCUUUCCCUACAGCGCCACGCCCUCAGGCACGAGCAUCAGCAGCCUCAGCGUGGCAGGCAUGCCGGCCACCAGCCGCUUCCACCACACCUACCUCCCGCCACCCUACCCGGGGGCCCCACAAAACCAGAGCGGGCCCUUCCAGGCCAACCCGUCCCCCUACCACCUCUACUACGGCACGUCCUCCGGCUCCUACCAGUUCUCCAUGGUGGCCGGCAGCAGCAGCGGGGGCGACCGCUCGCCCACCCGCAUGCUGGCCUCCUGCACCAGCAGCGCUGCCUCUGUCGCCACCGGCAACCUCAUGAACCCCAGCCUGGGUGGCCAGAGUGACAGCGUGGAGGCCGACGGCAGCCACAGCAACUCGCCCACGGCCCUGAGCACGCCGGGCCGCAUGGAUGAGGCCGUGUGGCGGCCCUACUGACCGCCCCAGUGGACUCCUCCCGCGGGAGGUGGGGACCCACUGGCAACCUUCGAGACCAGUGACGGGCCAGCUCCGAGGCUCUGGGCAGGAAUGGGACUUGUACUCUAGUGUGGUCUCGGUCCCAGGGUGGUUCCAGCUGGUGGGUGUCUGACUGCACCUGUCUAGCACAUCCUUGUACAGAGGUGUGGGGAACAGCCCCACCCGGGUCACUGCCCCCAGCCCAGAUCCCGGCGGUCUCAUCAGCCUCCUGCCACCUCCCCAGAAGGUCCUCACUGUCUCCAGCUAUGCCCAGUGCUGCAUGGGACCCAUGUCUCCCGGGACAGAGGCCGUCUCUUCCAGAGAGAGACAGCACUGGCCCACAGGAUAAGCCUCAGGCCCCAGGAAACCUCCUCACCCCUGCAUCCCGUGGGUCCAGCUCCCUCUGUAUUUACACAGAUGGAGUCAGAACUGGAAAGUGUCCCCCACCCCUGCCACCCUUGAGAGGGGUUCCCUUCAUUGUACAGAUGGGGCAGGACCCUGCACAUUGCUGGCAGAGAUGGGAUGAGAAUACAUCCAAGCCAGUGCCCCCAGCCCGGCUUCCCCUCCGUUCCUAACAGUUGGCUUUCCCCCAGACACAUGGGUCCCAGGCACCAGAGGAGAUGAGUCUAUGGCAUCAGCUCCCUAAACCCAGGAAGGGCCCUGCAGACUGGCUCCUCCAUGCACUUUACCAGCCCAAGGCAUCCACCCUCUGUUCUCUUGGUCGGGGGCAGGGUGGGGGCAGUCUCAUAAUUUCCAUUUGUGGGGAGAAUAGGGGGGUCAGAUAGGUCCUAGCAGAGGCAUUGAGGUGAGGGAUCAUUUGGGGUCAGAUACCAGCAUCCCUGUCCCACCUAGGUCCAGCCAAGCUGUGCCCCAUCCCUCAAGCCUCCCUGGAGGACCUGGCCAAAUCUUGCAACUCCUGACACGUACCUGUCGGUCUUUAGCCUAUUUUGUGCUCUGAAAGCAAACAGUCCUGAACAACAACAAAAGUUGUUAAAACUGAUUUUAGAAAAAGCAGCUUAAUCUGACAUUUUCAAACAAGGUCUCUCACAAGUGUAGCUCCGUGAUGAUGAGCAGCAUCCCCAGCCCCUCCCCCUCACCAACCCCCCAGCUGCCUCCUGAGAGUGUGGGGUUAUUAGGGUCUCAGUACUUCCUCAAGGGGCUACACUCCCCACCAGGUGACAUCCCAGCAGCCUGCACCACAGGUGCCCCCUGGGAGGACAAGGGAAACGCUGGUGAGAUGGUGGGCUCGCUGUCCUCUGUGGCUCUGGGACAUCUGUUUGGGAGGCUGUGUGGGUGUUCUGGUUGGGGUGGGUGGGAUGGGGGUGCUGGGGAGCACUGGCUUUGCGUGGCAGAAGAGAAGCACUGUAAGGGCGUGCCAGCUGCAUCUCGGCCCCACUGCAUUCUGAGGUGAAGUCUUGUCCCUGAGUUUCGCAAAAUGGAAACGUAGGCCCUUGCCCUAGGGCCAGGCACGUGGAUUCUCAGAGUUCUCUGGCCCUAGAAAGGCUUAGAAAACAUGUUAAAGGACAGGAAACUCAUAAAGGCUAGCAGCACGUGGUUUUUGUAACUUUCUGCCUCGUCCUCUGUGGAUGCAGAAAUCUGCCCUACAAAAGGGUCGUCAAUGUUGCCUCUGUGAGAGCACUGCCCCCACCCAACCUGUCACAACAGCCAGAACCAUACACCAGAGACACACUGGCAGGCUAGGCAGUCCUUCUGGUGAUCCUAUUGCAGUCCCUCCUACUGCAGUUUCUCUUGGCCUGACCCCACUGGAAAAACAGUCUCCAUCUCUUCAAAACAACUGCUGACUCCCUGCACCCAGGAUGCCUCUCCACCGAUACUUAAGCAGCAGCUACAAGUCCAUUGUCCUUGUACUUUCUUCCCUCCUGAUCUCUGGCUGUAGCUGGUCCCGGGUCAGUGUAGGAGGCAACCUUUGGUUCCCAGUGCCCAGCACUUUGUAGCUCAUCACAGAUUACUACCCCUUUCCUGAUCCUCAAGCCUUGGAGGAGAAGGGAUGGGAAAUAAAUUGCUCUUCCCACCCCAUCCCCCAUCCCCUGACAAAAAGUGAUGGCAGCCAUACUGAGUCUGUAAGGUCCAAAGUGGGUACAGACAGCCCAGACGUAAAAGUGUGUCCUUAUUUACAAGGCUGCUUUAAAGUUGUACUAGGCAAACACUGAUAAAGGAAGCAGGAAGAUGUUUUGAUACAAUGUAACUGUGAGCCUGUCAGUAGUGGGUACCAAUCUCUUUAUGACAUAUUGUCAUGCUGACAUGUGACACUUGCUGCACUCAUAUCCGAUGCAAAACCAUCCCAGAGCUGGCGAGAGGAUGGAGCAGGGUGGAAACUGCUUUGCACUAUCAUUUGCUUGGUGUUUGUUUUUGAUGCACAACUUGCUUGUACAGUAAACUGUCUUCUGUACUAUUUAACUGUAAAAUGGAAUUUGGACUGAUUUGUUACAAUAAUGUAAGUCUGAGAUGUGU